AUGAACCUGGCGACGUCAGCGAUUCUACUCCUCCAGUCAUCACCUCAAAUGGAGCAGGUGCCUGAGGUGAUAGGAAGGAAUGCGAUGCGAUGCGAUCCUGCGACGACCGGUCAAACCCGCAUUUCCAUCGCCGUCACAGCUGCGUGCGGGGGGAGGCAAUCUGGCUUGACGGAGGCAGUGAAAGACGCGAGCGGGCGCAUAAAGGUUUCGCGCGAGAGGGGGGGAGACGGGGGGGACGUGCAAGGAAGAGCUGGAUGCGGCGGGAGCGGUGGUGGCGAGGCUGAAUGGCACAGAGAUCACUACCGCUGCCUUCAUAAUAAAACUCCUUGUUCCAUAUCUCCCCUGCUCCUCAUCUCCACUGCUCCUCAUCUCCCCUGCUCCUCAUCUCCCCUGCCCCUCAUCUCGCCAGGGGCGGUGGUGGCGAGGCUGAACGGCACGGAGGUGACCAGCGCUGCUGGCGAUGUCAAUGCCACGGGCGUCAUCUCCCUCGCUGUCUUCCACCCCACCUCUCAUUCGACCGACUGUUCGAUCUUCCACUUCCCUCGCUGUCUUCCAGUGAGCCCCACCUCUCACUGCCCUGCUUUCCCAGCCGCAUUCCCUCCUGCUGUGUAUCACCCCUCUCUCCUGCACCACCCACCCCUGGCUGGCAGGAGUGGCAGCGACUACAACAUUCGCUACGGAGCCAGCAUCCGCCUCACCGCCCCCGGAGCUCCCCUUUCCAUCGCCAUCAGCACCGGCGCUGCCGGCUCGGCUGACGGCGGCGCCGCCCUUCUCGAGUUCUCCGCCAGCGAAGCAGCGUGGGCCAACAUGACUUGGAACGGCACCCGCAGGGACUCCCGCGGCCGCAGGCACGCCGCCCCCAUUCCGAAAUACUUUGGGUUUUUCCGCCCGGCUGCUCGUACCGGUUAUGUGUAUGGUUUUUCUGGUGUUUGGUACAAUGUGACUCAGUACAGUAACGCGGACGGGCAGAGCUAUUUCGAGGUUGCGAAUCUGCUCUUGGCGAAUCCGAGUGGGUACUUUGGGAUUGUGAAGACUGCCGUGUUUGCUGAUGGAGCUGGCCGCGGUCAGUUUGCGAAUUUCACCCGCCCGACCCCCAACACGUUCUGGCAGCGGAGCUAG